GAUUUCUUUUUUUUAUUGCAGGAGACACCAACAAAUGGAACACAAAUUAACUUAAGCCUACAGGAGGGUGGUGACACCUGGAAGAGGGAUAAGUGGAAAAGCUGUGCUCUGUGCUUUUUAUCUGACGUGUUGAGGUACAUUUUGGAGCAUGUUUGCUACUUAGCAGGGAACUAAAAUUCAGGCACGAGAGGUUGUAAAUGCAAGAGUCAAUAUGGGGGAAAAGAAGGCAGAACCGUUGGAUUUUGUGAAAGAUUUUCAGGAAUAUCUGACCCAGCAGACUCACCAUGUCAAUAUGAUUUCUGGAUCGGUUGCUGGUGACAAGGAAGUAGAGACUCUCCAGGGAGCUGGGACAGAAGGAGAUCAGAAUGGUCUGGAUCAUCCUUCUGUUGAAGUUUCACUGGAUGAAAACUCAGGAAUGUUGGUGGAUGGGUUCGAAAGGACUUUUGAUGGGAAGUUAAAGUGUCGAUACUGUAACUAUGCCAGCAAAGGAACAGCACGGCUCAUCGAGCACAUCAGGAUUCACACAGGGGAGAAGCCACACAGGUGCCACCUGUGUCCCUUUGCCUCGGCCUACGAGCGUCACCUGGAGGCUCACAUGCGGUCCCACACCGGGGAGAAGCCCUACAAGUGCGAGCUGUGCUCCUUCCGCUGCAGCGACCGCAGCAACCUGUCCCACCACCGCCGGCGCAAGCACAAGAUGGUGCCCAUCAAGGGCACCAGGUCUUCCCUGAGCAGCAAGAAGAUUUGGGGGGUUCUGCAGAAGAAGACCAGCAAUUUGGGCUACAGCAGAAGAGCAUUAAUUAAUCUGAGUCCACCUUCCAUGGUGGUGCAGAAACCAGACUACCUUAAUGAUUUCACCCAUGAGAUCCCCAAUAUCCAGACUGAGGCGUACGAGAGCAUGGCAAAAACCACUCCGAGCGGGGGCUUGCCAAGAGAUCCACAGGACCUCAUGGUGGAUAAUCCUUUGAACCAGCUCUCCACGUUAGCUGGACAGUUGUCCAGUUUGCCACCUGAAAACCAAAAUCCAGCCUCUCCUGACGUAGUUUCCUGUCAAGAUGAAAAGCCUUUCAUGAUACAGCAGCCUGCUGCACCUGCAGUAGUUUCAGCUGUGUCAGCAAAUAUUCCUCAGAAUUCCUCUCCAACCAGCCCUGACUCCCGGCCCACACACAAUCAGAGGAACUAUAGUCCCGUGGCAGGACCCAGCAGUGACCGCAGUGCCCACACCAGUACUCCCAGUAUCAGCAACAGCCAGCCGAGUACUCCAGCUCCAACCCUGCCUGUGCAGGACCCUCAGCUCCUGCACCACUGCCCACACUGUGACAUGUACUUUGCAGACAAUAUCCUUUACACCAUCCACAUGGGAUGCCAUGGAUUUGAAAAUCCUUUCCAGUGUAACAUUUGUGGGUGUAAGUGUAAAAACAAGUACGACUUCGCUUGCCACUUUGCAAGAGGCCAACAUAAUCAACAUUGACUGAGAACAUGCUUUUGUUUAGUUUUUUAACAUAUUACAGUCUAUUUUUCAUACUUGCUGAUGGAAAGCUUGCACAUUCCCAUAAGGAGUCUUCACAUUAAUCAGUUCAACAAAGGAGGCAAAUUAAUUUCCAUGUUCUUGUAAAACUUGCCAGGGAAAUUUUGUAUCAGAUUCAGUUGCUGUUUUAUAUGUAGCCUUUCAAAAAAAGCCAAGAGUGCUGUAAGGGUUGGAAUGCAUUUACAUGCUGUGGUUGCUAAAUUUAAGUUGCUUGCACUUAAUCCCAAUAAACAUUCUGCAAGUGGAGAAGCAGAGCGUGUGUCCUGACCCACAGGAGGUAAUUCCCAGAUUGUUUACUAGGCAAGACAAGAUAUAUUAUACAUAAAAUAUGAAAGGGCAAUGCAAUGACACAUCAUGUAGAGACAGGACAAGGAGGAAAGGCUUGAUGGUGCCAGAGGGCAGGGUUAGAUGGGAUAUUGGGAAGGAAUUGUUCCCUGGGAGGGUGGGAGGUGGGCAGCUGUGGCUGCCCCUGGAUCCCUGGCAGUGCCCAAGGCCAGGUUGGACAUUGGGGCUUGGAGCACCCUGGGACAGUGGAAGGUGUCCCUUCUUUAAGAUCCCUUCCAACCCCAACCAUUCUUUGACUUUGGAGAAAUCCUUAAAAACCUGGCUACUCAAACAAACAGAAGCAAUUUUCAUGUACAAAAUCAAUUUGAUCUAAAAGUUGCUUUAAUAUAAUGAAGGUUAAUAGUAAGUUUUUGUUUUGCAUAGUCUAAACUCUUCAUGCUAGGAUUAAACACUAAUUUAACUAUUAGCACAAAACUAGAAGAUAAUAGGUUAUUGUGAAUAAAACUAUGGUAGGAAAAAGAAAGAUCUAAAGGCCUGUCAUUCAUGAGUUAUAGAAACAAAAAAGUAAGAUACCUUAUUUUACCUACACUCUACUAAAUUUUCCAUGUCUUUGUUUUUCAGAGGAGGCAAUUUUUAGAGACAUAAUGAAGAGCCUGUAGAACUAAUAUAUAUUCUGUGAGAUUUCUAACUGCCUUAAACUGAGUUGUACAGAUAUUUAAAAUUUGCACAGUUAGACUUCUGUCCUGCUGAUAGAAGUUCUGAUAGAAACAAACAAGAAGUUUACAAAUCAAACUCCUUUGUUCAGUUUUAUGUUGGGCCAGGCUACAACUGAGAGGUUGCCUGUAUAUUUGAGAGUUGUGUAAUCCAGUUUACUGUAAAUUUUAGCUGACUUGGAGGCCUGGUUUGUCCCCUCUCCUAGGUCUGAUGUCCUUUGGGUGUGCUGGGAAUAAGGGGAAGGACUUCUGGCUUUUUCUGGGCUCCAUGUAGGAUGCAAAGGAAAACUGACUGACUACACUGAAGUUGUUUUUAGGAAUUGUGGAUGGCAAAUGAUAACUGAAGUUGUUGAUUUUGUUUCAUAGUGUACACUCAUCUUUAGAAGUCCUCAGGCUAAAGGACAGGCACUUUAACAUAAACCUGAGUAAAACAUCUAAUUAAAAUGAAUAAUAACUUUAUGUGCUAGAUAAGAAUUUGAGACAUUAAAAAUAAAGGAAGAACUGUUACUUUUCCCAUAUUUAGACAUGCACUUUUGCCUUGGUUUGUCCUACUUGAGACAAAUUAAAGCUUCCCUUAUCUAUUCCCCUUUUCCUAUCAGCCAACCAUGUUUUGUUAAAAGCAAGGAGAUUUUAUUAAUGUUCCAUAAGUCAGAGGUUGGAAUCUCAACAGGAAGUUUUUGGCUUAUUCAAAUUUAUAUUUUUAUGCUAAAACUUCCUGAAACCAAUGGAAAAACUUAGAUUGAUCAGGGUGAGAUCAAUGCAGGAAAACCACCUGUGUAAGAAUUUGAGCUGUAGAAGUAAUUUUGACUUUAAUUAAAUAGAAAUUUGGAUACCAGACGUGUUUCUGUCUGCCUGACUGACCUACUGUUGAAUUUCUGUGCUUGAGGAACUGGGUUCUUUCUUGGCUGUGCAGUCUUGAAGUAAUGAGGUCAGAAAUCUGCCACUGGAGUGGUUCCAGUGUAGUGAAGAUGAACAAUAACACUGUCAUCCCUAAAAAUUGUUUUGUUUUCAGGCCUGGUUCAGAAUUUGUUUUGCUGGAUUUGUAAGACAGCAUGUAAUUUGCAUUUUUCACCAGGACACUCUGUAAUUCCAAAAAAAUUGUCACUUUAUACUUUUUAGAUUUAUUUUCUAAGUAAAACUGCAAGUCUGUUCGUGUAAACAUCCUUUAUUUUAAGGAGUAAAAGCUGACUGAACUGGAAUCCAGUUAGAAGUUACUGCUCCUGGACAGGUUUUGGAAUCAAAAUUUUUUCCAGUCAAAGAGGGCAGAAAUGGUGGCUCUCUUUGGAUCACACAUUGAACAAUUCUACAAUUUAAAUUUGGCUCAAAUGUAGUGUUAAGAGAAGACUGCAAGACUUUACAAUUAGUAAUUUAUGGAAGUGGUUUUCCUUGCCUUUUUGGUAGAUGAUGCACUCUCCUAUUCCUAAGCUCUGGCAUUCCCAAGGAAACUUGUGGCAUGCUGGUGCUCCAGGGAGCACCUUUCAAUACUGAGUGAUCACAGCAGCCAAGUGCUCCUUGGCUUCUGGAUUUUUCCCUGCUGGUUUUGUAGAAAGAGUCAUUUCCAUGGGCACAGAUGUGGUUUCUGACCUCUGGGGCUGCUGUUGGUAGUGUUCAGGUUGUUAGAGGCUUCUCUUUGUCUCAUCAUUUGGUGAUUUAGAGAAAUGACUCCUGAACCACGAUGGCCUUGGGCAGAACUCAGGACAGGUCACUAAUGGAGGAGUUGGGAGCAGGAGGAAGCCUGCAGGAUCUCAUGGAAAAGGGGUCCUUGUUUAGGAGGGGAUCCCAUUGUGGGGAAUGUAUGUUCUUAACAACAGAACUCAGCGUGAAAAAAAUCUAUGCCCAAGCCUUGCAAGUCAUUGUUUGGAAGGAUUUUCCUGCUGCUGCCUGGACACCACUGGUUCUGCUCUGGAGUGACUAAGGGAAAGAUUAGUUGGGACAUCUCUGAACUGCUGAGAAAUGAAAAAGCUCUUUGUUUCCUUGGGCAAACUCAUCAUUGCAGGGGGGGGUCUUGGGCAGCAGCAGCAGCUUUGGUGCUGGGGUGGAUCCUUGUGUCCUUCCCAGGACUGUUCCAGUUCCAUGAUCACACUGUGUGUUCUGUUGUGCCAAACACUGCCCUGACAUCACUGUCCCCUCUUGUCAGCUGAGGAGCUUUGGAAGGUGUAUUUUCCUAUUUUUCAUAAUUUACACAUGUAAUUUAGAGACCAGAGCUGGUACUGGCAAAUUCUUUCCAAGUGUGAUCCCUUGCACAAGCAGGCCUUACCCAGAGUCAGUGAGGGAGACUUGUCCAGGAUUCUGGGAUUGAGUCCUUUGUUAGAAGAACUUUUCAUAUUGAGUCCUCCAUGUGCUACUCUGCACUCUUGUUUUGGUGGUUUUUUAAAAACCCAAAUCCUCACAUUAUAAGGUGAUUAGCAUUUUAACUGUUAUUAAUGGAGGUUUGGAGAGGAGAUGGAAUUAUUCCAUAGCUCAGUUCUGUUAAGUUCUGUAGUUGCAAAACAUGAACUUUGUGGGGGUUUUGUUUUUAUUGUCACAGAUUAUUUUACAGCUUUGUGGACAUUUCUAACAUGCACUACUUAUAGCACUCUUAAUACACACUUCCUGUUUUGAGACUGAAUAUUCCAAUGAACAUCUGAAUAUUUGAACAUCUUCGUUAUCUCAGUUAAUAUUCAACAGUGAAGGAGGCAAUAGGAAAAAUAUUUGAUUUUUUUCACAGACACAUGUUUAGAUGAAGAGGAUUUAGACAGAAAAUGUUGAUUGGCUUUUUAAUAAUAAAACUCAGUGCUGGGACACUUUCCAGCAGUGUUUGCCAGCCAAAUAAUCUGUUACUGUUUGUUUUGCUCCAGAAUGUUUUGGAGGUUUGCUUUUUGUUUCUUUUUGACAAAGGGAAUGUAAUUUAGAAGUCUUCACUGGCAAGUUCUCUACUAAUUUUAAGCUUCUUUGAAAAUCUACAGCAAAUUAUGUUCUGCUGCAGGAAAUCUCUCUCCUGCUAAAGCAUCUUUCAUUGAGCAAUCUUUGUGUAUGUGCUUCUAAGUACCUACUUUGUUAAUAAUAUGUAUUUCAGUGUAAAGAGCAGAUCUUAUGCAAAAAUGAAAGCUGUUAGAGUUGUAAAAUAAAUUUUAAUGUUAGUGAACGUUUCUGAGACGACAAGGUUUAUUCUGAAAUAACUCUAUCUCGUGUAGUUCAUGUUGUGAAGCAUUGCUUUUGUAAGAUAUGAAUAAAAUAACACUUUCUAA